GUACGGUCCUGUUGCCACGUCUGAGCAGUAAUGGGCUUAAUGGGAAAUCUUUAUCAGGGCGUGCACCGUAUCCUUAGACUGGGCGCAGCUUCGAAUCAGGCCGUGGCGGAAUCUGCAACCGUUCAGGCCGCGGCGGAAUCUGCAACCGUUGAGGCUGUCCAGCCACAAUCUGACGUGGUCGACAGCACAACUGCACCCAUCCAAACGUACCCGCAUGUAACAUCGCCGCAGCACCCUGAGCACAAUCCGCGCCAGCUGCAGCAGGUGGCCACUCUCAAUCAUGGAGAGGUGGUGUGUGCGGUAAUUGUCAGCAGUCUAACCCGGUACGUGUUCACGGGCAGUAAGGGUACCGUCAAAAUGUGGGAUGUCUUCCCCAACGGCAAUACCAGCCCGCCGACCAAUCCUUCGCAACCGGCACAUGAACUGGACUGUCUGGAGAGGUCUACCUAUGUACGCUCCUGUAAACUCCUGCCGGAUGGCAACACGUUGGUGGUCGGUGGGGAAGCGCAGACGCUGACCAUCUGGGACCUCAAUGGCAGCGGUGUACCCAGGAUCAAAGGAAAACUGUUCAGCGAGGCACCGGCUUGCUAUGCUCUAGCCAUCUCCAGUUACUCUAAGUUGUGCUAUUCAUGCUGCUCGAAUGGGAAUAUCACCGUGUGGGAUCUGCAUAAUCAGAAGGUCGUCUCGCAGAUCUGUGCACAUUCCGAUGGGGCCAGCUGUAUUGAUAUUUCCAGCAAUGGGCUGCAACUGUGGACUGGUGGUCUGGACAAUACAGUCCGCUCAUGGAACAUCCGCACCAACCGGCAAGAGGACCAGAUGGACUUUCCGUCACCAGUCUUCAGUCUAAGCUGCUGCUCGACCGGCGACUGGCUAGCGGUCGGGCUGGAAAACUCCAUGGUGGAAGUGCGUAACAUGUCGCGAUGGGACCGACACCAUCUGAAACUGCACACAUUGGCGGUGUUGUCCGUGAAGUACGCCACGGCAGGGAACUGGUUGGUCUCCGCGGGGAAAGAUACCAGGCUCAGUAUGUGGGUGCCGUCGCAAGGAUUGAAUCCGGUCAGUCUCACCACGCCGGCGUCCCUGUUGUGCUGCGAUGUGACCAUCGAUGAUCGUUACAUAGCGAUAGGGUCGGGUAACCGCACUGCGACAUUAUACGAAGUUACAGUAUAUACUGACCUUUCAUUGCCUGUGCGGAAAACUUUGGGAUAAAGAGGCAUUACUCGCUGUACAGUUCUUCUGCACCACAUAUUCUCCGCAUGAUUUCUUUAGAUUUAGAAAAUUAAUUGAGGACGAUUUGCAGUUGCAAGGUCUCACGUUCAUGCAUGGCAGAUUUAAUUUGUUGCGGUCC